UUGAAGUGGCUCUGACCUCCUCAGCUCAGUGGCAGACCCCACUCCCCCAGGCCCUUCCUGCCCCUCCCACAAACAGCUUGCAGGCUCCCAGAGGGAGGGGUGGGGAGGAGAUCCUGAUCUCGCAGGGCAGGGGGCCUCCAUCAUGAUGCUCAACUCAGACACGGUGGAGCUGGACCUGCCUCCCACCCACUCCGAGACCGAGUCAGGCUUCAGCGACUGCGGGGGCGGGGCGGGCCCCGAUGGGGCUGGGCCUGGGGGUCCCGGAGGGGGCCAGGCCCGGGGCCUGGAGCCCGGAGAGCCCGGCCGGAAAGACCUGCAGCACCUGAGCCGGGAGGAGCGGCGGCGGCGGCGCCGGGCCACGGCCAAAUACCGCACGGCCCACGCCACGCGGGAGCGAAUCCGCGUGGAAGCCUUCAACCUGGCCUUCGCCGAGCUGCGCAAGCUGCUGCCCACGCUGCCCCCCGACAAGAAGCUGUCCAAGAUCGAGAUCCUGCGCCUGGCCAUCUGCUACAUCUCCUACCUGAACCACGUGCUGGACGUCUGA